AUGACGCUAAGCUCUUGCAUCCGGACCGGAUCCGGGCCGGACGAGAGUUCAUCAUCAGCCGAGGAUACAUACCCCGAAAAUUGUCUGAGCGCGGGGCUUAGCGUCGCAUUUCCCCACACAUUCCUUUGGAUCCUUCGCGACGCAGCAAUCACAAAUCCCUCCCUGCCUUUCCAAGGGGAAUUCGUCUCGUCUCCUCAUCACCCCGUCUCCCUCUGUUCUAAUGGCAGCCAACGCCAGACGCUCCUUGCAAGCCUGCACGCGAUCGAACAGGACGACCACCGCGAACCGCGCAGCCGCAAACGAAAUUUUCACGAGAUCAUCAACAAUCCCGAUUAUGGUUGGAGAACCUAUUACCCGCCUGCUCGGUAUGGGGAGCUCGUUCCAGAGGGCGACACCCCGUAUUCUACCGUCCAACUGGAGGAGCACCAGCUGUGGUCUCCAGAUUACAACACCAUCGACACUGCCUCUGAUCGGUGUUCGACUGACGGCAGGAAGUCUCUGGCCACGUGUCUGGCCGACGCCAACAUCACCGUCGCCGAGGCGCAGGAGAUGUUUGCCCUGUUCAGCGAGCGAAUGGCCCCCUUGAUUCCGACAUUCUAUGCCACCGACUUUGGUCGCUUGCCCGCUGAGCCUGUUUACGCCCUCGCCACCAUCUACACCAUCGCGCGUUAUCUGCCCGACUCUAGCAUCAAUUUGGCCUCGGUCGUAUAUGGUACCUCACCCGGCACCCCAACUCAAUCAGUGACGACCGGCCCGGCCGGCGGCCCCAGUUCCUGGAAAUCCAGUGGUGGAGACCGGAACCCCUGCGAGAAUAAAGCCAACGCUGUGGCCGACCACGUUUUCCAAUGUACAUCUUUGUUCAUUCUGCAAAAGUCCUACAGCAUGUUGCGUAGUGGCUUGGCAUUCCUUGUUGCUUCUCUCACCAUUGGUGGGGCUACGUCGCAGAAGCUCACAGAUGACGCGUACUUUUACGGCCAGUCACCUCCCGUCUACCCUGCUCCUGAUGUGAAGCCCCAUGGAGACUGGCGAGCGGCCAUCCAGAAGGCCCAGGAAUUGGUCUCCCAACUGUCACUGGAAGAAAAGGUCAAUCUGACGGCCGGCUAUCCUUCAAGCACUGGCUGCGCUGGAAUGAUUGCCGCCAUUGAGCGUCUGGAUUUCCCCGGUCUCUGCCUCCAGGACGCUGGACACGGGGUACAUAACACGGAUUUUGUUCACUCGUGGCCAAGCAACAUUCAUAUUGGCGCCUCAUGGAACAGCGCCCUCGCACGCCAAAAGGCCCUGGCCCAGGCUGGAGAGUUCAAGAGAAAAGGCGUCAACAUCAUGCUUGGACCUUCAGUCGGACCAUUGGGCCGGGUUGUAACUGGUGGCAGGAACUGGGAAGGUUACUCGGUCGACCCGUAUCUCUCCGGUGUUCUGGUUAAAGAGACCGUAUUUGGUACACAGGAGGGCGGCGUCGUGGCCACCACCAAGCAUUACAUCGCCAACGAGCAAGAAGCUCGUCGCGGCGGUUCCAACAAGACCGUCGCAGUCUCGUCCAACAUUGACGACGUGACGAUGCAUGAACUCUAUCUAUGGCCUUUUCAGGAUGCGCUGCAUGCCGGCACUGGCAGUAUCAUGUGCUCGUAUCAGCGGAUCAACAACUCUUACGGGUGCCAAAAUAGCAAGGCCCUGAACGGUAUGUUGAAGACAGAACUCGGCUUCCAGGGCUUUGUGGUCACAGACUGGAAUGCUCAGCAUUCAGGCGUUGCAUCUGCAUUAGCGGGUCUGGACAUGGCAAUGCCAGUCCCAUACGACUUUUGGGGCCCUCGUCUGCUCGAGUCAGUGCGAAAUAGCUCUGUCCCAGAGUCUCGAGUGGAUGAUAUGGUCGUACGGAUUCUGGCAUCCUGGUAUCAUAUGGGCCAGGACUCGAAGUUCCCAGAGCCUGGCUUUGGACUGGCCAAGAACCUUGCACUACCACACCCAAUCGUGGAAGCCCGCAAAUCCUCGGACAAGCCAAUCCUUCUGCAGUCUGCUGUCGAAGGCCAUGUUCUGGUAAAGAAUAUCAAAGGAGCCCUUCCGCUAAAGAAGCCAAAGCUGCUUUCGAUCUUGGGCUACUCAGCAAAGGCUCCGGACCGGAACAUGGUUCCGUCCGAGGGACCAUCUGCCUGGGCUUGGGGAUUCCAGUCUGGUAAUAGUAGCGAGCUCGUUGAGGGCAUCCUGCUUUCGGAAAAUGGCGUGGUUCGCACCCUGUCCCCGUCGGGGUACAACGGGACCCUGGUUCAUGGCGGUGGAUCUGGAGCGACCUCACUUUCGACCUUCCUUUCUCCCUUUGACGCCCUCAUGGUCCGGGCGGACAAGGAGGACACCCAACUGUACUGGGAUUUCCAUACGUCGGAUCCCAUCGUUUCUGGGGUCAGUGAUGCCUGCCUCGUCUUUGGUAAUGCGCAGGCCUCCGAGGCAUUGGAUCGGCGAGGCUUGAGAGACGACUAUACUGAUACGCUGAUACUGAACGUAGCCAGCAAGUGUUUCAACACGAUUGUGAUUCUUCACAACGCUGGCCCCCGCAUCGUGGAUCCAUGGAUCGACCAUCCUAACGUCACUGCCGUUGUCUUUGCUCAUCUCCCUGGCCAGGACACUGGCAAAGCCCUAGUGUCACUUAUUUAUGGGGAAGUUAACUUUUCUGGCAAGCUUCCGUACACGUUGGCCAAGAAUGAGUCCGACUAUGGCGCUCUGCUCCUCCCCGACCUCCCUGAAGGCAACUUUGUCAACUUUCCCCAGAGCGAUUUCUCAGAAGGCGUCUAUAUUGACUACCGCCAUUUCGACCGAGAUGGCAUUGAACCCCGGUAUGAGUUUGGAUUCGGCCUGAGCUACACUACCUUCCAUUAUCAGAACCUUGAUAUCCGCACAGAACAGCGCCGUCUCAAGCAGUAUCCCGAGGGUCCCAUUUUGUCUGGAGGUGCAUCCGAUCUCUGGGACGUAGUCGCAACAGUGACGGCUGAGGUCAAGAACACUGGCUCUGUUACCGGCGCUGAAGUAGCCCAGCUGUACGUUGGCAUCCCCGGCGGCCCCGUCAAACAGCUCCGCGGAUUCCAGAAGCCUACGGUCCGUGCAGGCAAGGUAGAAAAAUUAACUUUCAAGUUGACUCGAAGAGAUCUCAGUGUGUGGGAUCCAGUGGUGCAGAAAUGGCGGUUGCAGAACGGCGAGUACAAGAUCUACGUCGGUUCCAGCAGCCGCAAGCUCCCUCUGGCGGGGAACUUGAAGAUUGGGAAGUAGGAUAGCUAGCUCAGUGAUAUGCUGUAUACUCCAUAAAAGCUUGCAUGUCAACGCACUUUCCGCAGUAUAUAGAUUUAUUCUACAACCAACUUCUUCGGGA